CUCUCCUCAACCAAAAAUGGUGCCGCAUUUCGAGUGCGAUGCAAGAAGAGAGAGUUGAUUUGGGUUUUCUGCUAUUGGGUUCGUUUCUCCGGUGCUAUGGCGGUUUAGGGUUUUGGAGAAGAAGCUUUCGUUUAGGGUCUGGAAUUUGAAUCGAUAGUCAGAAAUGAUUCCUUCAACCAUUCGCGGUUGGAAGCUGUGCAUCUGAGGUAAUGCUCGACCUCCAAAACGAUGUCGUAGUAAGCUCAACGCCAGAGUACGUAUCUUAGCUUUUAUCUUCAAUUGAAUUCAUUUGCUCUAGUUGUUAAGGUGGUUUUAAGGGUUUUAGAUUUAGGGUUUUUGUUUGGUGUCUGAAUCUUGAAUUGGUAUAUAGUCGGAAAUGGAACAAGAAGAGGUUCGGGUUGAUUCGAUUACAGGCUUGCCAUUGCCAUGUGAUGUAAUGAUGGAUAUCAUCAAAAGGCUCCCUCCCAAAGAAUUGCUUAGGUGCCGAGCUUGUAGAAAGUCAUUUAAGGCCUUGAUUGGCACACCUGAGUUUUACCAGGUUCAUCUGAAUUGGUCCCGGGAAACCAACAGUUACCGCACUCUUGUGAUGGGUGAGUCAGACUCAGAUAGCGACUUCUUUUCAUCAGCAUUUUAUGAUAGAGAUGCAUUCAGCAGUGCCCAACUAAUCAAGCAGCCAUUAAAAGUACCUAGAAACAUGGGGCUUGUAACAUAUAUAGUGGGUUGUUGGAAUGGGUUAAUUUGCCUACACAUCAUAUGGGGCGAUGAUGUGGCCAUUUGGAAUCCCUGCAUUCAGAAAUUCAAGAUGAUCCCGCGUGUACCCGAUGAGACUACAAAAGGUGCAGUAGGGAUCGGGGAGGCCACGUAUGGAUUUGGGUACUCUGGAGGUGACUAUAAAGUUGUUAGGUUUAUGGAGCUUGAAAGAGAAGGCACGAAAGUUUUGGAUUCCGAGAUUGUGGUUUACAGUUUGCGGUCUAGCUCUUGGAAGAAGAUAGAAUUCAGAGAAAGCUCAUCUUGCACAUGGGACACUAGUUAUGUCAUUCCUCUUGAUGGUGCAUUACAUUGGUUUGGUAAACUUCACCGGUCUAACAGUACUUCAGGAAUUCUGACUCUUAAUUUUACAAAUGAAAAGGUCAUGGAGUUUAGAGCUCCAGAUGAGGUUGAGGCCCAGUUGCACACGAGUUCGGCAGGCUUGUCGGAGUUGAAUGGAAAACUAUGUAUCAUUGAUUUUCAUGACAAAGCCAACUAUGAUAUCUGGGCAAUGAACAUAUAUGGAAAGGCUGAGUCUUGGACUCGUUUAUAUACUAUCAAGAGCACAGUUGUGAAUUGGACUUUUGACUGGCGCUUACCUCUGGCCUCAUCAAGUACUGGGCGAAAAAUUCUUUUGUAUGAUGGCUCUGGUUCGAGAAAUGUAAGGCUUUUCUGGUAUGAUUCAGAGAAAGACACUGCAAAAAGAGUUAGAAUUCCUGGUAUGCCCAGCGACUUUACAGCAGCUAUAUGUGUGGCCAAUCUUGGUCUGCUUGAUGGUGAAUCAGUGAUCAAAGAAGAGGAUGGCUCGGAAGGGGACAUACAAUUUGAGAUCAUUGAAGGGUCUGAACAACGUGAUAUCAGUGAAGGGGAAUCAUCUAGACAAGGUGGGAUGAGUGGAGGUAAGAGGGUCCGGACAAAGUGAUCUGAAUUAAGCAGAGUUUUAACAGAGAAAUUAGCCAGCUGAAUUGAAGAUUGCACUAAGAGUUUUAACAGAGCAGUAAGUAAAGAUGAUAGUCAUUGCAGGUGUAAUAUGCUUGACUUUUGUGGCCUCAGUGGGCUUGUGGCUUUAUGACGAUGAGGAAAAUUCAUAUGAUGUAGUACUAUUCUUGUUUUAAUAUGGGAUGUUACUUUACUCUUCAGGUUAUGUUGUAAAUGCGAACCAUGAGAUAUGCUCUUUUA